AUGCGUGCACUCAUGCGCGCGCUCCUGCUCACGUGCUGCUCCGCACUGCAAACGCUCAGCCUGCAAGCACUGGCGCCAGCAGUUCAACAAUCGAUAGCGAAGCGUGCUACGCUAGACACGCUGCAAAAUGCCGUGAGCGGCGCAGCGCUCUGGCGGCAGUGCUUCCUGGAAGGACGCGUCCCCGACGAAACGCUCGACGAGGUGACGUGGCCCGACAAGCCGACGCGCGCGGCGUGCCUCGUAGCAUUCGGGCCCGUCGCGCGCGUGGUUGGGAGACACCAUCGACUGGCCGAUCUUGCUUUGCUGGCCCUCAUUGAUGCUGCCACGACAACAACAGACGAAGAGCACGUAGAGCCACCCCUGGCGCCGACGGUCGCCGCAGUCAGCGCCGUCGAGGCCGUCUACGGCGAUGCCGCGGGGCCCGUCAUCGACGCGUUGCUGGACGACGAGAUCGCGGCCUGGAUGGGCACCGCGGCGUCACAAGGUAGCCGCGGCAGGUUCGCGCGCCGCGCCGGCAGCUUCGCCACGCUCGACGCGUUGGCGAAGAAGCUGCGGGACAUCCGCGAGCUCGUCCCGCUCCUCGAGUCGCUGGGCCGGCGCACGACGGCGGAGGACGGCCGGCCGCGCCAGGGCUCGACGCGGCGGCCGUCCUCCGCGGGUUCGGUGGGCGCCUGCGACGCGUCUUCGGGCGCCCGCGACGGCGUCGACGGCGCGACGCUCGGACGUGAUGUCGCCAGUUUAGCAGCCCACGAUCGGCUGCUGCUCGUCGCCGACGGCGACGCCGAGCGGCUCUUCCGCGCGAAGUACGCGUCGCGGACGCUCGUCGAGGCGGCGCCGGCCGGGUUGGACGAGGCGCGGUCAGUUUUUGCCAGGAGGCGCGCCGUGCUGCCGCGCGGCCGGCGCGGGCCGCUCGUCGUCUGCGUGGACACGUCCUACUCCAUGGCCGGCGGCCGGGAGGCGGUGGCGAAGGCGGUCGCGCUGGCGGCGUGCCGCGUGGCGGCGGCGCAGAAGCGAAGCGGAUUGGUGCUGGCCUUCGGCGCGGCGGACGAGUUGGCCGAGGUCCGGUGUCCGGGCGUCGGAGCGACGGCGGCGGACGUCGACCGGCUGCUGGACUUCCUCGAGCGGGGCUUCGGCGGCGGCACCGACGUCGUCGGUCCGCUCCGCCGGGCCGUCGCGGCGAUCGAGCGCGGCGAGGAGGGCAGCUCGGAGCUCGCCGACGCGGACAUUUUGCUCGUGUCCGACGGCGAGCUCCUCGACCCGCCGGCGGAUGAGGGGACGUUGUCCGCGCUGGACCGGCUCCGCGCGGCGCGCGGGCUCCGCGUCCACGGCCUGCUCGUGGGCCGGUCGCGCCUCGACGACCCGGCGACCGACGCGUUCCGCAACGCGGCGCCGGAUUCGCCCAUGGGCGUGCUCUGCGACGACAUUAGCACCUUCCUGGCGGCGCACGACGACCUGACGCUUUUGCGCGAGGCGUCGGCGGCGCCUGCGCCGGCGGCGACGACGAAGCGGGGUGGGGCGCUCUACGCCGCGGCGCCGGCGCCGACGCCAAAGCGCGGGCGCGGACGCCCGUCGACGCGACUCUACGCGACGGCCAGCGACGAAGAAGGGGCGCCGACAUUUCCCGUCGCGCCCGAGGCUCUCGAACGGGCCGCCGCGGCGAUUCUAAUGUUGUGUUUUUAA